CUCUAUCUAUCUAUCUCUUCAUCCAUCCAUCCAUCCAUCCAUCCAUCUAUCUAUCUAUCUAUCUAUCAGGACAUGAAGGUAGGCGUCUCUUAGGUCUAUCAUUCUAUCAUCUCUAUCUAUCUAUCUAUCUAUCGAUCUAUGAUCAUAACAAGAUGGGCAGAUCGAGAGACAGGCCCCUCCCCCUUCGGAGCCCUGGGCCAAUCAGGAGGGGCCUCAUUUGCAUACCUUCCGCCUUCUUUUUCCGCAUUGUCCUCGGGAUUCCGCCUCCCAAGGCCGAGCCCGGGUUCCUCUUCUCUUCCGCCCAGGAUUCCGGCCACGUUCCUGUUUUUCACCGGGCUCUUCCGCCUCCGGAGGCUGGUCCGGAUUUACUCGUUUCUCCUCAUAUUCGGCGCCUGGGUCGUGUCCGAGACAACAUGAAGAGCCCCUCCAAAACGUCCCGCCGGGUGUCCCAUGGUCCUGGCGAAGGCGGAGAUUAUUCCGACAAAGAAAAAGAAAUUAUGUCCGAAUUCCGGAUCCAGAACCAGAAACGGCGGAAAUCCUCCAAUAUAAGCCGCUCGUCGAAGAGGAGGCCGGCCUCGGAUUCGAACCUCUUCCUGGACGAGAAGAGCAGCCUGGAGCUGAGGCGCCUCUUCCAGGCCAAGGAGAAGUACGAGGCCCUCAUCGGGGAGGCCCGCUCCGUCGUGGUCGAGCAGGAACGCAAAAUCCAGGAGCUGCAGGAGAAGAUCCUCGAGCACCAGGUCCUGAUGAGGAAGAGGAAGGAGGAAGCGGACGGGAAGCGCCUCCAGAAGCAGACCCAGAGGCUGGAGAACCGCCUCAAUCUGUCCGUCGUCUGCUACGACACCAUCUUGGCCAAAAACGCCGUCCUCCGGGAGGAGAUCGAGAGCCUCCAGAAGCAGAAGUCGGCCUUCGACGCCAUCUUCUCCCGCCUUCAGAAGGAGCUGGAGGACCAAAAGUGGGCCAUGGAGGCCACCACGGAGCAGGCCACGCAGGCCCGGGAGCAAAGGGUGGAGGCCCUGGCCAGCAUCGCGGCCACGCGUGAGCAGUGCAACAAGGACAUCGCCCAGUUCAACGUGGAGUUCCGGGAGCUGCAGCGCGUCUACGACAACGAGAUGAACCUGAAGGCCUUCGUCUCCAUGAAGCUGAUGGACCGCUCCGAGUUCGAGGAGCAAGCGCGGAAGGAAGAAGCAGCCCUGAAGCAGAAGACGCGGGCCAAGUCCAAGGGGGGGAGCUUCGAGAGCUACGAGGUGGCCUAUUUGCGCCUCCUGAAGUUGACCGAGAACGGGGACAUCGACCGCCUGGCCAAGGAGUUCGCCGAGAAGGAGAAGAAGAACUUUGCCGCCUUCAGCUACGUCACCGAGCUCAACGACGACAACGAGAGGCUCCUCAAGCGGAUCCAGAGCGUCCAGGUCCAGGGGAACGAGAUCGACCAGCUCAAGCUGGAGCAGGAGAAACACCAGGAGGUCCAACACGGGUCCCUCAAGGAGAUCGAGGAGAAGCUCCGCUGGGCGACGGAGGAAGGCAACCGCUUCGAGAAGAAGGCCAAAGAGAGCGGGAAGAGACUGGCGCAACUCACCGCCGCGGUCGACUUCCUGUUUCAGAAGAUGGGGUGCGACGCCACGCCCAUCCGGGAACACCUCGGGGAGACCGGGGAGGUCACACGGCACAACCUCAUGCACUACUUCGGCAUCAUAGAGAAGAAGACGAAUGAGCUGCUCCUCCAGGAAGCCUUCCUGCGAUACAAGGAAGUGGAACCCGACCUGGAACCCGGACCGGAAGUGAAUCCCUUCCUGGGAGGCUCCGCCCUCCUGACCUCCGUCGAACCCGUGGCCGUGGCCCCGCCCUCCAUCGGACCAGAACCUGACAACGUGGACGCUCCAUUGGAUCACAAAAACCUCCGCGAUUUAAUUCAAGAGAAUCUGGAGAAAGAGAAAGACGCCCUUCGAGAAAAAAAUGUCCUUAUAAUAAGGAAGAAGAAAGUGAUAUUAUCUAUAUCUAUAUCUCUAUAGAUUUCAAUAUAUUUAUAUAUAUUGUUGUUUUGAAUAAAGAAUGCAGUUUGCGUCAA